AUGGAUGACGGCACAAUAAGGAUUCAAUCUGGUAUCAACAUCAACAUCAAAAGAACAGAUGGACGGAUCCACUCGGCGAUCGUGUCCGGGGUGAACCUGGAGACGCGCUCGGUGACGGUGGAGUGGUACGAGCGCGGCGAGACCAAGGGCAAGGAAGUGGAGAUCGAUGCCAUCCUCGCGCUUAACCCUGAGCUGGCGGUCGGCCCGCGCCACCACACGCCGCACCUCCAGCCCAUGCCCAACAAACUGGCCAGGGACAUGACGCGGCAAUCCAUACCAGUGGCUACAAAAGCGCCAUCUCGCGUGACGCGCAACAAUCAGAUGCGUCUGUCGAAUGCGGGCGGCGCGUACACGAACGGGCACGGCGGCGACACGACGGGGCGGCGCGGGGCCGAGAACGUGCCUCCUCCGCAGCAACCGCCGCCGCAGCAGCCGCCGGCCAACUCGCGCGUCACGCAACAGUUCACGGCGCCGGUGGUGGCGAGCGCGGCGGGCACGCGCAGCGGGGCGGGUGCGGGCGCGGGCGGGGGGGCCGCCGGCGUCUCCUCCACUGUGUCCGUGCCGCACGCCGUCGCGUCCGGCGCCGUGCGGAGGUCCAACGUCGUCAAGGAGGUCGAGCGGCUCAAGGAGAACAGGGAGAAGAGGCGGCAGCGGCAGGCGGAACUUAAAGAGGAGAAGGAAGCCCUAAUGAACAUGGAUCCGGGUAAUCCAAACUGGGAGUUCCUGGCGAUGAUCCGCGAAUACCAGAACAGCAUCGAGUUCAGGCCGCUAACCGGCAACGAGCCUGUCGAGGACCACCAGAUCACCGUCUGCGUCAGAAAGAGGCCGCUCAACAAGAAGGAGAACGCUAAAAAAGAGGUGGACGUCAUAAGCGUGCCGACGAAAGACCAGAUGAUAGUGCACGAGCCCAAGAACAAGGUUGACCUCACCAAGUACCUCGAAAACCAGAAGUUCCGCUUCGACUACGCCUUCGACGACUCCUGCACCAAUGAAGUUGUUUAUAAAUAUACGGCCAAGCCGCUGGUGCAGACGAUAUUCGAGGGCGGCAUGGCGACGUGCUUCGCUUACGGACAGACGGGCUCCGGCAAGACGCACACCAUGGGUGGCGACUUCCAGGGUAAGACACAGGACUGCAAGAAGGGUAUCUACGCGAUGGCGGCGCGCGACGUGUUCGCCUACCUCAAGUCGCCGAAGUACAAACCGCUCAACCUCAUCGUAUCCGCCUCCUUCUUCGAGAUAUACUCCGGGAAGGUAUUCGACUUGUUAGCGGAUAAGGCGAAGCUGCGAGUGUUGGAGGACGGCAAGCAGCAGGUGCAGAUAGUGGGCCUCACGGAGAAGGUGGUGGACAACGUGGACGAGGUGCUCAAGCUCAUCCAGCAUGGUAAUGCAGCCAGAACCUCGGGACAGACGUCUGCGAACUCGAACUCGUCGCGGUCGCACGCGGUGUUCCAGAUCGUGGUGCGGUCGCCCGGCAUGCACCGCGUGCACGGCAAGUUCUCGCUCAUCGACCUCGCCGGCAACGAGCGCGGCGCCGACACCUCCUCCGCCAACCGGCAGACGCGCAUGGAGAGCGCUGAGAUCAACAAGUCAUUACUCGCACUGAAGGAAUGCAUCCGCGCGCUCGGCAUGAAGGGCAACAACCACCUGCCGUUCCGCGUGUCGAAGCUGACGCAGGUGUUGCGCGACAGCUUCAUCGGCGACAAGUCCCGCACGUGCAUGAUCGCCAUGAUCUCGCCGGCGCUCUCCUCCUGCGAGCAUUCUCUCAACACACUGCGCUAUGCCGAUCGCGUCAAGGAAUUGGGCACCGCGGACCCGAGAAGAGCUGACUCGCCGCCUAGGGAUGUGGAUAUGCAGGAUCUGCAUGAUAUGCAGCCCGCGCAUGAUGAUCUUGCGCAUCUCAGGUCACUUAAUGAGGGUGACAUGUCAGCGGAGAUGUACACGUUCCACGAGGCUAUCGACGAGCUCCAGCGCGCCGAGGAGGAAGUGCUCGACAACCACAAGGCCAUCUCUGACUACCUGCAACACGCGCUGCAACGCUGCAACCAGCUGCUCGGCAUCACUAGGGACGUUGACUACGAUCAGGACGCGUACGCGACGCAGUGGGAGGAGCUGUUGAACGAGCAGAUCGCUGUACUGGCGCAGUCACGCGACCUCGUCGCCGAAUUCCGCGCCAAGAUGACCCAGGAGGAGCACAUCUCGCGACGCAUACAGCCUCCGCUCUCGCGACACCACUAGCCGGCACAUCACUAGCGAAUGCGAACCGAACAUGUCACGUCGGGGAUAGGUUACAUAGUACGAGCUGAACUGAGCGAGCUAGCUAUGGACGACUAGGACUGUCAGACAGUUGGUUUUGAAGGAUAGAGAAAGGCGAGUUGCAAUAGGCUUACUUGACAGCAACUCUCAAUAGGUUAUAGGUGUCGAAUGCAGUAACUUAUCAGGCCAGUUCGCACUUUGUAACUAAGUUAUUGGGCCGGACGUGGGCUGAGGUGCAGGCGAGCGGCAAAGCGGGAGUGAUGUCCAAAUUUUGCAUCAUAGUGUUAAAAACUAACUGAAAUGUUGUAUUAACUCAUGUUUUUGUUAUUUUGGGAUAUUAUUAAGAUUAGGUAAUUCGUACUCAAAGUUUUGUACGUUUUCUCCAAGUUCCAAAUUAGGUUGAAACCUGUAAAAUGUGAAAUAGUGUUUAUCGCAACACAAUACAGGAGGCAAGCGUGUGAGAUAUAAACCGAAAUGUCUGUGCUGCCUCCCGCUCAGCACACGUUCAGCCUUAAGGCUAUCCCAGUUCUUAUGUUGCUCGUCUAAAACGAGAGACGAAAAUCACAAUUCGGUUACUGAUUUGUCGACUUGAUAUUUAUUUUGCUUGUUGGCCGCGAAGUUGCAUGUUUGUUUUCUUGCCUUUUGUACAAAACUGUCGUGGAAUUUUCGUUGAUGCAACGUUCGCCGCGGGAGUGUGUUCGUGUUCGUGCUUGCGCUCGCAUUCGCGUUCGUCCGGCGGUCGUGUCGAGUCACAACUUGAUAUAUGUAAAAUUCCAGUGUGUAAAAACUAAUUAAUCAGUAUUGAAACUAAUAAAAAUUCAGUGUUCGAUAUGUAAGGAACGUGUGUAGCUGGCCUACUGAACCGCUUGUACACUAUGUUUUGCCAUCGACCAAGUUGUGACGGUGUUUUUUUUUUUUCAAUAUUUUAUCCCUCAAUGCUUAGUAUAGUCGACGAAACGAUGUGAACUGAGACUGUUUACUAUAGGGGAUGAAUGCACAAACUAGACUCGUCGGUUUGUACGUUGAAGUUGUUUUGAGAUAUAUUUGUCGAUAGUCGAUACGAAAUAUGUGGACUCUAUUCAAUACAAUUCAGUUGGAUGGCUACUGCUUCGCGGCUAUCGACAGUGAGGCGGUCGAAUAUCGAUAAUUUUAUCGACGUUCAACAACCUCGAACCAUCGACUUGUGAAUUCUAAACGCAAAAUGGUGCGAUACGUUUAGUUAAUUAAUAAAACUGAGUUUUCCCCUCGAGUUUAACCCUGACUUUUCUUUGAGCAUUUAACUCCGCUAAUGGCCUAUAACGUAAAAUAGUUAUGAACUUUGAUGAUGUGCAAGUACAAAAUGAGUUGCGUACAACUGGCGUCAGUUACGGCCUGAGGUUAGUCGCGGGUGGCGUCAGUCAUACAAAAGGCGUGGGCAAGUCUGCCUAACUUCAGAGCGGUUGUUAGUAUUGGCGUCAGUUGUACUACGUUUACUUUCAUAACGGUUGGUGUCCACUAUUUUGAAUAUGGUAAUGAAAUACUCGGAUCGUUGUGAAAUAUAACUGUUUAACAUUUAUAUAACGCAAUGUGUGUUAGGAAGGAACGAUAAAUAGUUUUUUUAAUCGAAUAUAUCGAUUCCAAGUAUUGCGUAAUGUAAUCGAUAUAUAAUUUUUGUUGAUUUUCAAGUUAUGCACGAAAGACUUUGAUAUUCCUACCUUUCAUACAGUGUCCUUAUUUAUCGUAAAAUGUAUAAUUAGAUUAAAACUGAAGAGGAUAUAUCUCCUUAUUUGUGUUAAUGUAUGAGAUAUGCUGGUGACACGAUAGUGCGUGUAGACGUUUUGAUAACAUAUCUAUUGCCAUUUCGCUUGUUACUGCUGCCGUCGCAAAAUGUCCAUAUUAUAAAGCUAAUAUACACAUGUUGAAAAAAUACUCCGUACUUAUAAACAUUUUUAUUUAAUAUUUAGUGUUUUGUCUCUUUCUAUCUUUAAUGAAAUGGUUUUAUAGUAAGGGGUAAAAACAUUGUUUAAAUUAAAAUGGUUAUAAGAAUGGAAGAUAAUUUAAAACAGGAGCUAGUGAUGUCAAAUUUAAGACUUAUUGCUUAUGUACAAGCUCCAUGACUAAUCAAUUGUAAAAUCCAUGACAAAAUUAAACAUCUGGUAUUGAAAAUAUAAUUGGAUUUUAAAUAUUUGGUUUUUCUGUUUAUAAAUUUCCAUUGAGAUUAUAUUAAUCUGGCUGCUAUUUGACGAGUAUUAGCUAUUUGAAUUUGAGUAUUGGAUUCGUUAGUUGGCCUCAAACAUUGGCGUAUAGCAUUUUGAUCGGGCAUAACGUAUUUACCAAAUAUUGGCCGCGUUUGAAUGCUAUUAUGGUAUCCUUUGAGUGAGAGUGGAAAUUCCACUAUAAUAUUUCAAAUGUGUUUCUACUAGGGUUGUAAACCAAUACAUAAAUAAUUAUCGAUAUUUAUUGGCUUCAGGUAUGUGUAAAAGGCGAAUCUAUCUAAGAGAUUCAUAAGGAACUCUUAUUCCAUUUCCUAAAGCAAUAUCAUUGGAGCUUUGUUCCUAUUUGGCACAGCCAGAAAUUUAAAAAAUUCUCAACGUAUCGACAGAUGUGAAAAUAUUAAUUUUAAAUAAUAGCUUAUAUGAUAUAUCACCAUGAAACUUACUAUUCUUGCAACUGAACGACUUGGUGAUGUUUACGAGUAUAUUUGUCGACCACUACCCGUCCUUUUUACUCUUAACAUGUCGUAUGGGGGAGACGGAAUAUUGUAGUAACAGUUGCGAUGAUAAAGUAUAACUCGAUUACAAACUGCGUGUGGUCUCUUUCUCUCAAUAUUAUUGACAGAUAAAGACAGAAAACCCAGUUUGUUUUACAAUAUUAAGCACAACGAUCUUUAUUUCGUAUGUCGCUGUCCCUUUCUCUUGGAAUUUCGACUUGAAGAUGAAAGGAAGAAUAAUUUCGAAAUGCGAAAAGUAGGCGCCAAUUUGUUGUUCUAUUAAUCUGGUUUAGAUGGCAAUGGCUAUGUGACUGCAGCCAUAAUGGUCACCCGAGAUUGAGAUAUGGGGCAAAUCGAAUAUGACAAAACUCUUGACUUAACUACCUUUAAAUAAUCACGACUAUAAUAUAUGAUUUUUAUUCGCUAAUAAUCGUUAAAUCGCACAGAAUCGAAUUGUUAAUCGAUUGCAAAUUCCUAACAGUAAUCAUUUAAUGCAACGAUUGACUAUCGAUGUAGCGAGAGAUCGAAUGAGUAAUCGAUGAGGGCUGGUGGGAUAAAUUUCUAUACACAGACAUUACUGGAUAAUUAUAAUUUAUAUUUACAUUAUCAUUGCAUAACAUCGUAGUAAAAAAAACGUAAAACGUGUCGUUUUUUAAUUAAUUAAUAAAAAUAGUAAAACUUCUUAAAAGACUAUGUAACUGUAAGUUUUUCCAGUCAGUACGUUUAAUAUUUUUUCUUUUAUUUUUUGUAAUACUUAUGUUGUGAUAAUUGAGUAUGUGACGCGAGCUUGCGCUUAUGAGCGAGGCCUUUAGCGGUUUGUAUGCUGAAUACUAUCAUUCUAUAUUACAUUUUGUCUACUAAAUACGGAGCAUUGUCUUGUAAUGUCUGCUCCGUAGAUGACGUCCAUAGUUCAAUUUAGGAUUCUCAAUAUUCAUUUACGUAUUACAUUUUGUACUUGUGAAUUCAAUGUCAUAUAGAAUGAAAGCAUCCCAACGCGCAAAAUUAUUGUUUGUAAUAACGACAAUGUUUAUCGAUAGUAUGAAAAUAAAUAUUAACUUGGAAUGAUUGUAGUUUAACUGCGCUCGACUGGUGCUAGGCCUAUUCGCUUUUAACAGUAGCCUCUUGGGUCUGACAGAUGCGGUAAAAUAUAAAUUGCAUGUAUUGGGCUUGGUUGAAAGUUGUGCGACAAUUUGUGAUAACGUGCACCGUAGCUUGUGUGCCAUCCAAUAUGAAAUUAUAAUCCGUCACUCUUGUUAAAUGUGAAAUACGAGUCUUCAAUCCUUACAUGUUUGAUUGGCAGUUGUGUUGUGUGGACCCUCGGAGGUAUUGUAUACUGUAGCUUACAAAGAGGUUAUUAGGUAGUGCUUAUUAUUAAAUAAACAAACUAAAUCGGUACUCUGUAUCAGAGUCACUGCUUGCGCCGAUGUACUGAACGAAAUCUCUUUUUGUAUGGAACGAAGCCGCGCACGGUCGCGUUUUAUGCGUAGUUUACACAGCACGCUGUCUAGUUGGCCGCUUUGAAGUUAGUCACUAGAGGCAGUUAUUGUUCCUAGGGAUUGGUGGGUGAAGAUAGAUUUGCGGCUGGAAUUGUUAAACAAUCGAUCCGGAUUAAUAAUAAUAUAAUAAAAAUAUCAGCCCUGUAUUAUAUACUGUCCUACUGCUGGGCACAGGCCUCCUCUACUACUGAGAGGGAUUAGGCCUUAGUCCACCACGCUGGCCUAGUGCGGAUCGGCAGACUUCAUAUGCCCUCAAAAUUCCUCUAGAGAAUUCGAUUUGGAUUAUUUAAUAAUUUCGGCCGUCAGAGGGCGCGUGUCGUGGCUAACUUCAGACUGCCCAUCUUAGACCGAUCGUUCUGUUAUAACCUUGGCGUUUGUGUAAAUGUAACGCGAUCGUGUGCAGCCGAGUCCUAACGAGACGUGGAACUGUUCGCCUUCAAAUGAAUUGGUAUUGUAUAGUGUUCGUCAAAAGGACAAGUGAAGGACGAGGUGCGGGGCGUCGCGCUCUUGUUUAGUUGAAAUGCUUUAUUAUAAUAAACAUAUUUUAACAUCGCACAUUACAAUAAAUUAAUCGAAAUUGA